CCACUCAUAUAUAAUCGAAACAAAACCCUGAACUCUCGUCUCCAACGCAUCACCUACAGACAAGCACACACUACGACGGUGAGGAGAGAGAUCGUCAGAAAUGGUGACUUACAAGUUUCAUCAGUACCAGGUGGUGGGAAGAGCCCUCCCAUCGGAGACCGAUGAGCAUCCCAAGAUCUACCGCAUGAAGCUCUGGGCAACCAACGAAGUCCGUGCCAAGUCCAAGUUCUGGUACUUUCUGAGGAAGCUGAAGAAGGUAAAGAAGAGCAAUGGCCAAAUGCUUGCUAUCAAUGAGAUUUUUGAGAAAAACCCGACGACGGUCAAGAACUAUGGUAUCUGGUUGAGGUACCAGAGUAGAACCGGUUAUCACAACAUGUACAAAGAGUACCGUGAUACUACUUUGAAUGGUGCUGUUGAGCAGAUGUACACUGAGAUGGCUUCUCGCCACAGGGUCCGUUCUCACUGCAUACAGAUCAUCAAGACAGCCACCAUUCCUGCUAAACUUUGCAAGAGGGAGAGUACCAAGCAGUUUCACAACUCCAAAAUCAAGUUCCCGUUGGUCUUCCAGAAGAUUAGGCCACCAUCUAGGAAGCUCAAGACUACUUACAAGGCAUCUAGGCCCAACUUGUUCAAGUAACUUUUUUGGUCAUUUGUUGGGGGAAGUAAGAAAUCCAAGAUUUAUAUUAUGCAUUUUUGUUUCUUCAGGGGGAACCUACAAUGUCAUUUGGUGAUAGUCGGAUAUUAUGUUUAUUUUUGAAAUGUCUAGGAUAUCAGACAAUAUGAUCUUUUCAUUGUGUUUUAGGAUUCUUGUUUCAUCUACAUUUUUUGGAGUUGCAGUACCUGCUGUCUUUCCUGUGUGGUUUGUCUCUUAUGUUUCAAGAAUCAUUUUGCUUGAAAUAUGAUGUUUUCUUUGAUUCGAUAGUAUAUCCAAU